AUGGCAACGAUAACACUUGAUCUUCAUGAGCAACAAUGUUUUCAUGAACACAUUGAACGUGGCAAGAAUACGCAAAGCAAUGUUAGCAUAGCUAAAUUAUCAAUAAUAUUCGAUGUGAUUGCCGGCGGUUUUACAGAUAUUAAUUUUUAUCUUAAAAAUACUCGUAUCGAUACAAGCCUAUAUAAAUCGUUAGGUACAUCAAGUGAUAGAUUGAUGAUUGCCAUUAAUGAACCUGGAACCUAUGAAUAUUGUUUCGAUAAUAAUGGUGCAACCGUAUCACAUUCGACUAAAAUGAUUCGUUUCGAGGUGGUCAUUUCAUUCAAUCAUUCAUUACUAAGAAACAAUACGAAUAAUGAUGAUUAUGAUGAUAUUGAUAAAAAACGGAUGCUUAAUGGAUUAAAUCAACAACUAUUAAUGGUUAAAUAUGAGGCUGAAAUUCAACGUUAUUCAAUGAUUGUUCAUCAUGAACUUAAUGAACAAACAAAUCAUAUGCUUAUGAUGUGGAGUGCAUUUGAGACGGCUAUUAUUGUUAUGAUUUUUAUCGUUAUUGAAUCAACAGAUGGCGUGUGA